AUGUCCCUCAAGGCCGAGCUCGAGAUAUGGCAGUCAGCCCUGACAGCCUCAGAGUCCGACCUACCUCGGGCUAUCGCGCUAUUCAACAAGAUCGGCGAUACGUCCAAGAUCGAGUGGAACAUCGGCGUCCUGCUCGCGAAGCUGGGAAGACAUCUGGAGGCGAUAGCGAGGUAUAGGCGGGCGACAGAGCUGGAUGACUGGCUAGUCAUUGCCUGGUACCAGUGCGGGAUUAGCAGAUUUAUGCUUGGACAGUACGAAGCGGCAUAUCGAGACUUUGAGGCGGCGCAUACUCGUAUGAGAGGGAACGACCAUAUCAACUACACCCAGCUCGGCCUACCCUACUGCAUCCACAUCAGCGAGAUCCUCCUCAACCGCGGCCUCGCGCUCAUCAACCUCGGACAAGUCGAGAGGGGUAUGGCGGAUCUGGCGGAAGCGGCUAUAGACACGAGCGAAGAGCGGCGGGAGGUGAUUGGGAUUGCGUUGAGAUUGAAGGGGAGGGGGUGUGAUCCCCUGGCAGUACCCGAUGGACUCCUCUUCCAGCCGUCCCAAGGCAAGCUCAAGAACCUCGCGCCAAGAAACUAUAUGGGAAAAGCAGUCCUUAUCGCCGCUACCUCACCCUCGGACGCCUACACCACAUUCACUGGUGUGACUCGGCUCAAUCGUGGCGAGACGCCCAGCGGUAUCCCCCUCCCCUUCUCCCACCCUCUCGCCAAGUCCGCAUCAACGAGCAAUCUCCGCCCGCCCCGCUCAGCCAACAUUAGCGACCUACCUGUCCCCGACGCCACUCCCAUCGCUUCUCGUAUGAGUCGGGGCAGUGCCAGGCGCUUCGGAUCGGUCGACGAGACGUCCCCUCGCACCGUCUCCGGGUUUGUGCGCCCGCACAACGAAAAGACCACCUCCCUGGCGUAUCUCGGUAUCCCUGACCACGAUACCGCCGCUCAGCUCGCCUAUCUACCCAUCAUCCAGCCCAGCACCCCUCCCCGGAAAGCACCAAGCCCACCUGCCCUCACGUGCCUGGUUAUUCCCUCGCCGCCCAAUCCACUUCCUCGCACCCCCAUCUCUACCUCGGCGGUCUCGGCUGUGGUCAACGAGUACUACUCUCCCGACUCGGACUCAGGCACCCGGCCCCUUCAGCCCAAACCUCGCCCGCGCGCAGACAGCAUUAUGCUAUGGGAGAAGGAGGGGAUCGAUAAGCGGUACGCCAGUCCGAGCCGGUCAUCACCUUCGCCUCCCAUCAGCUUCAAUCGGCAGCUCUCGCAGGGACUGGGCAGAUCGGGGAGCGUCAUGACCAGCCGGAACGCGUUGGGAUUGACGAGGCAAGGGAGCAUGGCGUCGAGCAUGAGAUAUGAUGAUGAUUGGGAGAUGACCAAGAUACGUCUUAAGGUCCAUAUCACUGGCCAUACCCGCGCUCUUUCCCUCCCUUCCACAGCCACCUUCACCGACGUCAUCUCUUCUCUCCGCACCAAAUUUCCCAACAUGGCGACCGAUGGCGUCGGCACUUUGCUCUUCAGGGAUGAGGAUGGGGACAUGAUGAGCAUGGUGGACGAAGGGGACUGGGAAGCUGGGGUGGAUGUUGCGCGGGUGCUGGGCGGGAAGCUGGAGGUCUGGGUGGAGUAG